GUUCUGCCGCUGCGCGCUUUGUUGUCGGUCGCGGGGCGGUCGUUCUUAUCGCUGUGUAACGGACAAGUGCGUCAAGCCGAGUCGAUAGGACGCCGGUGCGGAGAAGAGGCGUUGCUCGACGGCACCUUCCGGUCGCUACAGUCGGUCACUGUGCGCAAAACCGUGCAUCUACGACGAAGCAAGCGUCUGAAGCCCCGUGCUGCUGCGACAACAGCUGACAGUGAGAUCCAGUGCUCACACACCGCAAGCGUCAGGUGGAAGCGGCGAUGCGUAGUAGCAUAGCUUCGUGUUUGCUCGCGGCCUUGGUUGCCGCGCUCUGUUCGCCGGCAUGCGGCACCGUACGCGACCUGUUAGGCAUGUUGGACGUGCCAACGCACGACGGCGUUAUUCGGGUGUGCCGACUGGAGACUAGCCAGGCCCUGGUUCAGGCCGCGGCCGAGACCAGCGGUACCACGCUCGUGGUUCGUGUGUCCAGCGACGCCGGGGCGAGGAAGCAGCCGUGCGGAGCCGAGGACGCCUUCGAGACUGCAGCCCAGCUGUUGGAAGGAGACAAUUUUAAGUUCUGCGAUGUUCCCGAAUCUAUCGUCAGAGAGACCGUGCCGACCGCCACUGUGGGCAGCUGGUUCCUCUUCCGCCAGGGCAGGGCGGUCCCUUACAGUGGCAGGAGAACGUCAUCGUCUCUUCUGUCCUGGUUACAAAAGGCAUCCCAACCCAGCGUAUCGGUGAUUACGGGCAAGGUGGACAAGACAGCCUUUGAUCAAGUGCACGAAAUCAAGGUUGUUGGUUUCUUCGUUAAUGGCGCCGCAGACUACAAGCUCUUUGAGGAAGCCUCAAUUACCGAAGGUCACCACGCUCGAUUUUAUGCUGUCUUCGAUAGAAAUGUGGCCAAGCAUAUGAAGUUGGACAUGGUUGGUCAGAUCGCCCUUUACAGUCCGUUUGUCAAGCAGCCGGUUACCUGCCCGCAGAACCCGGCAAGCUUGCAAGACAUCCGCGCGUUCAUACGUCAGCACAAGCACGUUGUCCUGACCAAGGUUGACGAGCACAAUCUGUACGACCCUGAACUGGUGGAUCCGAGCCGCGUGACUGUGCUGGCCGUAGCCGACCAGGCUUCACCACUCGGUGGCUACUUCCUGCGGCUCCUGCAUCGCACACUGCGCAACGUCACCAACACCACCGCUUCGGCCGGCACCGUCCCGCACUUCAACCUUCUCUGGGUGGACCCCUCUGUUAUGCCCACGGCUCACACGAUGCUCAAGCAAAUUGGCCAAACGGGACCUGGGCCUCACCUCGUCACGGAUCAAGGCGAAUGGUUCGACAUGUCGAGUCUCAACGCUACCGGAGGCCGAGGGUCUGAUGAGGAGAACGUUCACAAGCUUCUACUUUGGUUUGCCUCUUUGGCGGCGCCAGGAGCAGCAUCCGCAGCUGAUGGAACCGGGGAAUCAGGCACGUGGCGAUUCAGCGAACUUCCAGCCUCCCAGAUCGGCGCCGAAGGGGGCAAUGUCGAGCUGCGCUGCACCGUGCUGGACCCAGCGGCCGGCGACUGCCUGUGGCUGCGCGACGGCCGUAACGUGGGCGCCAGCCUGUCCCGACUGCCGCAUCUGUCGUGGGCCGGCGCUGGUCGGGACGGUGACUGCAGCCUCGUGGUGCGCGGCCUGACCCGUGGCCGCGACGAUGGCUCCUGGGUGUGCCAGGUCACCGGAGACGCCCUGCACCCGACGCUCACGUCGCCGCCCGCUGUUCUAGUCAUCUCUUCCGGUGCCGCAACAGCGAAAACGGAACUGUAAGUCCUGGCUAACGGAUAUUUGAAGUGGACUGUUUACUGUUACAGAUUACACUCAUGAGCAUAAUUUAUUAAAAGUGCGCACAUGGAUGCGAUUGUACCAUAUAUGAAUAAACUUGUUAUAUAUUUUGA